AUGAAAAUUUGGACGUCGGAACACACAUUCAAACACCCCUGGGAAACUGUUGUCCAGGCAGCCUGGCAGAAAUACCCAAAUCCCAUGAAUCCUAGUGUUGUUGGAAUUGACACUGUUGAAUGUUCCGUAGAGAAACCUGGAAAGUUAUUAAUGCACAGAAUACUUAGCACAGAAUGGGGCUGGCCUAAUUGGGUCACAAGUCUCAUAGGCUUCAACGGUGCUUGCUAUGUCAGUGAACAUUCAGAAGUCGAUUUAUCAAACAAAUUAAUGAAACUCGAAUCAAGAAAUAUAACACUCAGCAACUUAGUAACAAUCGAUGAAAGAAUAACUUACAUUCCACACUCUACUGAUCCAAACAGCACGGUUUUGAAGUCCGAAUCGUACGUGACAGUAAAAGGUGUGCCCAUGACAAGUUACUUGGAAGACACCAUUAAGAAGACAAUGUCAUCAAAGGCAGGACAGGGACGGCAGGCAAUUGAAUGGGUUAUUUCAAAAUUCAAAGAAGAAACAUAUGACUUGAAACGAAAAACACGAGAAGAAUUUGAUGGAAUGACCAGAUUUUCGUCUUUAUGA